UGUGUAAGUGUAUGUGUGUUGCGUCGCAGGUCGAAGCAGCAGCUUGCCCCCUGUGCUUUCGAAAUCCACCAACGCCCUCCAUAUCUCUCAUCGGUGCGUCCGAAACCAUGUCUUCUUCGUUAGCAAUGGCCAGCGCGCGGGUCGCACCUAUCAGCGCUUCGAGGCCUCUCUCUUCGGCGUUUUCAUGGACUCCCCAGGCUUCAUCGCUCACCCUCAGAUCUGCCAUUUCAGCCGUCCCAGUCCGACAGGCGUCGAAUGGAGAAUUGAAGGUCAGGGUAUCAUCAGAGGGAAAUUGCUCCAGGCGCAAAUCAAUGGUCCUCGCUGGAGGCGUUGCGGUUGAUGGACUCUUCCUCUUGCUGUCUGCACGCUCCGCUGAAGCGCGCACCGUCAAACCAGAAGUGCGGAAGAAGUUGAGAGAGGCCAUUGAGGAGCUGAAGGAGAAGACCGAGAAAGCCACGAAGGUGGUCAAGAAGAACGUGUAAGAUAAGGCGAAUGAAGUUCGUGAGAAGGUGGCCGAAAAAUAAACUUGUUCGCAGAUUCUCUUUCCAAAGAGGCUGGAAGUAUGUGAGGAUCUUCAUGUACGAUUGUGUAUUUCAGACUUUCAGAGAAAUCUGAGCGUCUAAACCGUCAUCGGAUCUUAAUUUACGAUGUUUGUGACCAUUGCCAGAGGUACUGUCGAGAUAGGUGUUGGUGUUGCAUGGUCUCAACCACAUCCCUCAACAGUACAACUUUCUCAAUAACCACAUGGAAUAUGCUAAAUGCAGCAGCGUUGUUUGUCAACCCUUGCUGAAAAUUCUUUAGCA